AACCGUCUGCCCCCCCUCAAGACGUAAAAUGCGUCAGCACCAGAUCCACUGCCAUUCUGGUAAGUUGGCGGCCGCCUCCGGCUGAAAGCCAAAAUGGCAUCCUGGCUGGAUACAGCGUCUACUAUCGAGCGCUGGACUCGGAGGACACGGAGCUUAAGGAGGUGAAUGAUAUCCCCCCAACCACCAGUCAGAUCCUACUGGAGUCCCUGGAGAAGUGGACAGAGUAUCGCAUCACUGUCGUGGCUCAUACGGAGGUGGGGCCGGGCCCGGAGAGCUCGCCAGUUAUCGUCCGGACGGAUGAAGAUGUGCCCAGUGCGCCGCCUCGGAAAGUGGAGGUGGAGGUUCUGAACUCGACGGCAAUCCAAGUGUUCUGGCGCUCUCCAGUCCAGAACCGCCAGCACGGCCAGAUUCGCGGCUACCAGGUGCACUAUGUGCGCAUGGAGAACGGCGAGGCCAGGGGGCUGCCCCAGAUCAAGGACAUCAUGCUGGCUGACGCCCAGUGGGAAACAGAUGACACUGCUGAAUACGAAAUGAUCAUUGCUGGGCUCCAGCCUGAGACUGCAUAUUCCAUCACUGUAGCCGCCUACACCAUGAAGGGAGAUGGUGCUCGCAGCAAACCGAAAGUGGUCACCACGAAGGGUGCAGUCCCAGGGAAGCCCAUCCUGUCUGUGCACCAGACAGAGGAGAACACUCUGCUGGUGAAAUGGGAGCCUCCGUUGGAUGCGGAAGGCCAGGUGAUGGGCUACCGGCUGCAGUUUGGCCGCAAGGAUGUUGACCCCCUGGCUACCUUGGAGUUCACGGCCCUGGAGGAUAAGUACACCGCUCCCAGCAUCCACAAAGGCGCCACGUAUGUUUUCAAGCUGGCUGUGAAAAGCCGGGCUGGCUUUGGGGAGGAAGCUGUACAGGAACUCACCACCCCUGAAGACAUCCCCAAGGGUUACCCCCAAAUCCUCGAGGCGAGCAACAUCACUUCCAUGUCGGUCCAGUUUGGCUGGCUGCCCCCCGUGCUGGCCGAGAGGAACGGAGCCAUCGUCAAAUACACCGUGGCCUACCGGGAAGCCGGUUCUCCCGGCAACCCGCUGGAAAAAGACCUGCCCCCCUCCCCAGAGAACUCGUACACCCUCAACGGCCUCAAACCCAACACCGCCUAUGACGUUAAAAUCCGUGCUCACACCAGUAAAGGCCCCGGGCCGUACAGCCCGACCGUCCAGUAUCGGACGUUCCAGCUGGAUCAAGUUUUACCCAAAAACUUCAAGGUGAAGAUGGUGACCAAGACAUCUGUCCUUUUGAGCUGGGAGUUUCCUGAGAAUUACAACUCUCCCACCCCAUACAAGAUCCAGUACAAUGGGCUGAACGUCGAUGUGGACGGCCGCACCACGAAGAAACUCAUCACCAACCUGAAGCCCCGCACGUUCUACAACUUCGUUCUCAUGAACCGGGGCAAUAGCAUGGGUGGCUUACAGCAGAACGUUGCUGCCUGGACUGCUGCUGACAUGUUGUCAAAGAAGCCAGAGGUGACCCACAAGCCUGACGCUGAUGGCAACGUGGUGGUGAUUCUCCCGGACGUGAAGAGCUCUGUGCCUGUCCAGGCUUUCUACAUUGUGGUGGUGCCUCUAAGGAAGUCCCGGGGAGGACAGUUCCUCAACCCCUUGGGCAGCCCCGAGGAGAUGGACCUGGAGGAGCUCGUUCAGGACAUCGCCAGGCUCCGACGCCGAAGUCUGCGUCACUCCCGACAAUUGGACUUCCCCAAGCCCUACAUUGCUGCCCGUUUUCGCUCUCUCCCCUCCCACUUCAUCUUGGGGGACAUGAAGCACUACGACAACUUCGAGAACAGAGCCCUGGAGCCAGGGCAGAAAUAUGUCAUCUUCAUCCUGGCAGUGCUCCAGGAACCCGAGGCCACUUUUGCUGCUAGUCCGUUCUCUGACCCCAUCCAGCUGGACAACCCCGAUCCGCAGCCGAUCAUUGAUGGAGAGGAAGGGCUGAUCUGGGUCAUCGGGCCCGUCCUGGCCGUCGUGUUCAUCAUCUGCAUUGUCAUUGCCAUUCUACUCUACAAAAACAAGCCAGACAGCAAACGGAAAGAUUCAGAGCCACGGACGAAAUGCCUCCUGAACAACGCUGAAAUCACCCCUCACCACCCUAAGGACCCUGUGGAAAUGAGGCGCAUCAACUUCCAAACUCCAGAUUCUGGUCUGAGCAGCCCUCUCAGUGACCCUGAGUUUGACUUUGAAAGUAUGCUCAGCCACCCACCAAUCCCCGUUUCCGAGCUGGCUGAACACACAGAGCAUCUCAAAGCUAAUGAUAACCUGAAAUUGUCCCAAGAGUAUGAGUCCAUUGACCCCGGCCAGCAGUUCACCUGGGAGCACUCCAACCUCGAAGUGAACAAGCCCAAAAACCGUUACGCGAACGUGAUUGCCUACGACCACUCGCGCGUCAUCCUGCUGCCCAUCGAAGGAAUCGUGGGCAGCGAUUACAUCAACGCCAACUACAUCGAUGGCUACCGGAAGCAGAAUGCCUACAUCGCCACGCAGGGGCCUCUGCCGGAGACCUUCGGAGAUUUCUGGAGGAUGGUGUGGGAGCAGCGUUCAGCUACUAUUGUUAUGAUGACUAAGCUGGAGGAGAAAUCACGGAUCAAGUGUGACCAGUACUGGCCAGGCCGAGGUACAGACACCUAUGGAAUGAUUCAAGUGACGUUACUCGACACCAUUGAAUUGGCCACCUUCUGCGUUCGAACGUUCUCCCUCCAUAAGAAUGGCUCCAGUGAGAAGCGGGAGGUCCGCCAGUUCCAGUUCACGGCGUGGCCUGACCACGGCGUACCCGAGUACCCCACCCCAUUCCUGGCUUUUCUGAGACGGGUGAAAACCUGCAACCCCCCUGACGCUGGUCCAGUUGUGGUACACUGCAGCGCGGGCGUUGGCCGGACCGGCUGCUUCAUCGUGAUCGACGCCAUGCUGGAGAGGAUAAAACACGAGAAGACAGUGGACAUUUAUGGGCACGUCACCCUCAUGAGGUCACAGCGCAACUACAUGGUACAGACAGAAGACCAGUACAGCUUUAUACACGAUGCCUUGCUUGAGGCUGUCGCUUGCGGCAACACAGAGGUCCCAGCGAGGAACCUCUACACCUACAUCCAGAAACUGGCACAGAUUGAAGUCGGAGAGCACGUGACGGGCAUGGAGCUGGAGUUCAAGCGACUCGCCAACUCCAAAGCCCACACCUCCAGGUUCAUCAGCGCCAACCUCCCAUGCAACAAAUUCAAGAAUCGCCUUGUCAACAUCAUGCCCUACGAGACCACGCGGGUCUGCCUUCAGCCCAUCAGAGGAGUGGAGGGCUCAGACUACAUCAAUGCCAGCUUUAUUGAUGGCUACAGACAACAGAAGGCGUACAUUGCUACUCAAGGGCCGCUGGCAGAGACCACAGAAGAUUUCUGGCGGAUGCUGUGGGAGAACAACUCCACCAUUGUCGUGAUGUUGACGAAGCUUCGCGAGAUGGGUCGGGAAAAGUGCCAUCAGUACUGGCCAGCGGAGCGCUCCGCCCGGUACCAGUACUUUGUAGUAGAUCCUAUGGCUGAAUACAACAUGCCUCAGUACAUCCUGCGAGAGUUCAAGGUCACCGAUGCCAGGGACGGUCAGUCACGAACUGUGCGUCAGUUCCAGUUCACUGACUGGCCAGAACAAGGCGUGCCAAAAUCCGGAGAAGGUUUUAUCGAUUUCAUUGGACAGGUACAUAAGACCAAGGAGCAGUUUGGCCAGGAUGGCCCCAUCUCUGUCCACUGCAGUGCUGGCGUGGGCAGGACUGGAGUGUUUAUCACCUUGAGUAUCGUCCUGGAAAGAAUGCGUUACGAGGGUGUUGUAGAUAUUUUCCAGACAGUAAAGAUGCUGCGAACACAACGACCCGCUAUGGUGCAAACAGAGGAUGAAUACCAGUUCUGUUACCAGGCAGCUCUGGAGUAUCUGGGAAGUUUUGAUCACUAUGCAACAUAAAAAGCCAUCCGUUGUGCAGACUCUACCAACCACUUAAGUCCUGGAAGGCCUCUUUUGACCCAGGAGGAGUGCUUGAACUUACAAAACUGAAUCAGAAGUACCUUUUUCAUCUGGACAAUGCAUCGGGGAACAGGGGGAAGGAUGGAAAGGAACACCCCUUCAGGAACUCCAUGUUGUAACCUGGACCGUGAAGAGGCAGCUCAGGAGGUUGCUGAAGGACUGCUUUAAGUGGUGAACUGCUCUUGUUACCUCAAGUGGUGUUCGCUGUGGAGGACGUAUGGACAUCAUGGAACAGAUC